UGGUACAUUAUGCAAGUGCAAUUUAAUCUCCUGGCUUUAUACAAAGGUGUUAGAUAAUUGUGUUGUUUACAACUAUUAUUAUUGUUGAGUGGUUGCAUUUGGAAGAGCAUUGUUGUGUUUAAGUACUCAGUUUGAACAGUUGUGUUUACAUCGCCAUAUUCAAUAGAAUUGAGAGCAUGGCUCUUCUUGUGUGGUUUUGUUUCUGCUCAUUGUUUGGCGCGGCGUUAUCGUGCGAGGCCUACAUCAAGACCAACCAAUGGCCGGGCCGCUCCGUCAUUGUGCAGAUGUUUGAGUGGAAGUGGCUGGACAUUGCUGACGAAUGCGAGAGGUUCCUAGGACCCAAAGGUUUUGGAGCUGUUCAGACUUCGCCACCAUCAGAGAAUUUGAUUUUAAAGCUAGAGGGCAAUAUAAGGCCUUGGUAUGAACGCUAUCAGGUAAUGUCGUAUAACCUGGUUACCAGAUCAGGAGAUGAAAUGGAUUUCCUGAACAUGACUACUAGGUGCAACAAAGCUGGAGUCAGAAUUUACGUGGAUGUGGUAUUCAACCAUAUGACGAUACCACAUAAUGAUAGUGUGGGUACUGGUGGUAGCACAGCUGAUCCUGAUACAUAUUCUUACCCUGGUGUCCCAUAUACUGAAGAACACUUCAACUUUCCUGUAUGUGAAGUUAACGAUUAUAACAAUGCUACUGAGGUCCGAGUUUGUCAAUUGGGUGGAUUACAAGAUUUGAAUCAGACAAAUCAUUACGUUCGUCUAAAGAUUACGAAUUACUUGAACAAACUUAUUGAUCUUGGUGCUGCUGGCCUUAGAGUGGACGCAGCCAAGCACAUGUGGCCAGAGGACUUGCAGGAUAUUUACAGACGUCUCAAUAAUUUGAACAUGAAUCAUGGGUUCCGAAGGAAUUCCAGACCUUACAUUUACCAGGAAGUGUCCAAAGGUGGAACAGUCACAUUUGAAGAGUAUAAAAAUAUGGGAGAUGUUACGGAAUUUACUGCUGGCGCUGAAUUAGCACUAAUAUUCAGUGGUCGAAAACCUUUGAAAACUUUAGAAUCAUGGGGAACAACAGCACUAGAUAUGAUGCCCAGUGACAACGCUGUGAUAUUCGUUGACAACCACGAUACGCAGCGCAAUGGUCUUAUACUGACUUACAAAAAUGAAACUUUAUAUAAGGCUGCGAUAGCAUUUCUUCUAGCACAUCCAUAUGGACAGCCACGAAUGACAAGCAGCUUUGCUUUUACUUAUUUCGAUCAGGGUCCACCAGCUGAUAAUGAAGACAAUAUUGUGUCUCCUAUUAUUUAUGAGGAUGGUACGUGUGAUGAAGGAUGGGUGUGUGAACAUCGAUGGCCGGCCAUAUACAGGAUGGUUAGAUUCAGAAACGAAGUACACAAUGCUCCACUCACAAACUGGUGGACUAAUGGCAAUAAUCAGAUUGCUUUUGGUUUGCGGAAGAAAGGAUUUAUUGUGUUCAAUACGGAGAAGACCGAGUUAAACGAAGAGUUUCAGACUGGGCUUCCAGCUGGUGUAUAUUGUGACAUAAUAUCUGGUCAAAAGGAAGGAAGCUUUUGUACUGGGAAGAAUGUGACCGUGUCUAGUACUGGGGCAGCUUACAUCACACUAUCUGGAGCUGGAGAUGACCUGCAUUUUGCUAUACAUGUUGGGGAUGAGUCUUAUUUCAGUCAGUACUGAAUUCGGAUUAGAAGAUUCCCGUAGCAGUGAAGAAACUAGGAUUAAAUCUUCAAGAGAAAAUUGUAAUUAAGUUAUUUAUUAUGUUAAUAAAGCCUAUAAGUAAACA